AGAGAGAGAGAGAGAGAGAGAGAGAGCGCACUCUCCCCCUACCAGGACACUUGGGCUGCUCGGUUCGGACCGAAGGUGGAGACGUUUCGGGGCGGGGAUGGUGAGGGACUUUUUCGGCUCUGCUGCGCCUCGAAACCGUGCUCAUGAUGAGAGGGUGUAAGGCGGCGGAGAAGCGACCGUCAUCAUCAUCAGCAGCAGCAGCACCACCACCACCAUCAUCAUCAUCAUCAUCAUCAUCAUCAUCACUAUUAUAGCUUUUCCGUCCCUUUUUUUCCUUUCCCUCCUCCGCUUCUGGAUUAUUGGUGAAAACGAUGGAAGGGAUGCAAGUCAAUUAAUUGUUGAGGGGGGGACAUGCUCCAAGGAUGACACCGACGUUUGGAUGGAAAAACGGUAUUUUAUAUACACAUAUAUUCAUCCUCAUCCUUUCUUUCUGUUGUCUCUCUGUCUUUAUUGGAGGUGAUUAAAAUGAGACUCUCGAAUGCCAAACGGGAGGAUUCUGCUGCUCUCUGUCAGCGCGCGCUCCUACAGCAGCUGUAGCCACCUUCUGCUGCCACACUCUGUAUCAAACAUUGCGGAUGUUCCGAAAUAAAUAAAUAAUUGUAGCUCUUCCUCGCUCCCCCUCCCCACACCUCCCUAAAAGCCUCUUUUUUAAAUUGUUUUCCUCCCUUUCAGAUUCACAAGCUGUUACUGAGGCCUGGGUUUUUUUUUUCUUUGAACUAAUUGUCCUCUUAUGAACAGAAAUGGAUUUGUUUGGGAAGGUGCGGUGACAUCCUGGUGCGCUCUGAUCCAAGCAUGCGGAACAUAUGAAAGAUUCAUUUUAACGCCCCGUGAUUUCAUGUUUUUUGGGGAGGAUGGGGGCACGAUUCCUGCUUCAUAUGGACUGAGACACCCCCACAGUGCGGGCAGCCAGCCGAGCGGACCACACGUUUAAUUUCCUCACACCCACAGUUGGCCGCUGGCAGAGACGCGCGCAGAGUCAUCCAUGGGCGUCCUCGUCUGCUGAAAAACCAGGAGUCUGUACCUGUUUGUGUUGUUGGGGGGUUAGACGUGGAGGGGGGAGUGUUCCAUCAGCAGCUUUUUACCAACACGUCCGGAUCCAGAUGAGAUGUAAUGUUGUGUGGCCACACAGCUGAGCACCGGUCUCCUUCUUCUCCGCGGCUUCGUGAAGACAGGCGUCCAACAUCGGCGGCCACAGAAUGGCGCGGUUCGGAGACGAGGUGCCGGCCAGGUACGGCGGCGUCGGAGGGGGCCCCGGCGGCAUGGGGCCCGGGGGCCGCGGCGGCAGCAGGCAAGGCGGACCCCACGGACACGGUCACGGACACGGCCACGGCGCUCACGGCGCUCACGGCGCGCACGGCCACGGGCCACCGCACGGAGGGCCCGGGGCCCAGAGGAUGUACAAGCAGUCCAUGGCGCAGCGGGCCCGGACCAUGGCCCUCUAUAACCCCAUCCCUGUGCGCCAGAACUGCUUCACUGUCAACCGCUCGCUGUUCAUCUUCAGCGAGGACAACUUCGUGAGGAAAUAUGCCAAAAAGAUCACCGAAUGGCCUCCGUUUGAAUGGAUGAUUCUUGCCACCAUCAUUGCCAACUGCAUCGUCCUGGCUCUGGAACAACAUUUACCUGAUGGAGACAAGACACCACUGUCUGAGCGGCUGGAUGAUACAGAGCCAUACUUUAUUGGGAUCUUCUGCUUUGAGUCUGGAAUAAAGAUCCUGGCACUUGGUUUUGCCUUCCACAAGAACUCGUACCUGAGAAAUGGCUGGAAUGUCAUGGACUUUGUGGUGGUGCUCACAGGGAUUUUGUCCACUGUGGGUUCAGAUUUCGACUUGCGGACUCUUCGGGCUGUGAGGGUAUUGAGGCCUCUCAAACUGGUGUCUGGUAUACCCAGCUUACAGGUGGUGCUCAAAUCUAUCAUGAAGGCCAUGAUCCCUCUGCUGCAGAUUGGCCUGCUUCUUUUCUUUGCCAUCCUCAUGUUUGCCAUCAUCGGCCUGGAGUUCUACAUUGGAAAAUUCCACCAAACCUGCUUUGACAAUAACACAGGAGAGAUUAGAGAAGAAUUUCCAUGUGGUCACGAACCUCCAUCACGGCUGUGUCCAGAGGGCACCAUUUGUAGAAGUUACUGGUUGGGACCAAACUACGGCAUCACUCAGUUUGACAACAUCCUGUUUGCUAUUCUCACCGUUUUCCAAUGUAUCACCAUGGAGGGUUGGACAGAUCUGCUCUACUAUGUGUGUACUACUCAGCACCCAUUGUCACCUGGAGGUUCCACAAACACACUUUCUGCUUCCCAACUUUCUCACUGCUCACCUCAACUGGCUUUCUCRCAGAGGUUGCUCCGUAUGGAUCUCCCCGUGGCCGAUGACAGCACAGUCCAUUUUAACUCGACUCUCAUGGCUCUGAUCCGGACRGCGUUGGACAUCAAGAUCGCCAAGGGGGGUAUCGACAAGCACCAGAUGGAUGCAGAGCUGAGGAAAGAGAUGAUGGCCAUCUGGCCCAACCUUUCCCAGAAAGCCUUGGAUUUACUGGUUACGCCCCAUAAAGCGACCGACCUGACUGUGGGGAAGAUCUAUGCUGCCAUGAUGAUCAUGGAGUACUACCGGCAGAGCAAGAUCAAGCGGUCGCAGGCUCUUCGUGAUGAACAGAACCGAACGCCAUUACUGUUUCAGCGCGUGGAGCCACCUACCCCCUCUCAGGACGGGGGUCCGGGACUUAACAAUGCCCUGCCUCCACCUGAAAUGACGGAUGCUGACARCAGCCUGUUGGUGGGGGGUGGGAUCCCGGAAAGCCAUUCAUGGGUGACGGACCGUGCUAAGGAGAUGUCCCAAAAGGUUGGCAGCUGGAGUCCUGAAGGCCACUCUGAGGAAGGUCUGGGAAGCAUGACCAACUCGCAGACGGUAGAGAUGAAGGAGAUGGGGCGGGAUGGUAACUCGGAUACCGAGCACUUUCCACCAAUGGAAGGCCACGGCAGGGCUGCUUCCAUGCCCCGCCUCCCAGGCGACAACCAAACCAUCAGCGACAGCAGUCCCAUGAAACGGUCCGCCUCAUCUCUGGGCCACAGCAGGUCGGGGCGUGGCCACAGAGACAAAGGAGGGGUCGAUGAUUACAACAUGGAGUGUGCCAUACCUGAGGAGGGCCGAUCUUCCAGACACGGACACCGYCGAAAGGACCGGAGUCAUCGGGCGUCUGAGAGGUCCCUGUGUCGCUACAACGAGGCUGACGCAGGCCUGGGCCCRGACCAGUCGGGUGACCUCACUUCGAAAGAGAAGGAUCGGGGUCGCUCCAAAGACCGUAAGCAUCACCACCACCAUCACCAUCACCACGGCUCCAUUGAGAAGGAGCGCUACAUCGCAGAGAGAGGAGGCGAGUACGGACACCGGCACUCCCGGGACCGAGAGCACGACCGGGACCGAGAGCAYGACCGGGACCGAGAGCACGACCGGGACCACGACCGGGACCGAGAGCACGACCGGGACAGAGAGAGGGACAGGCGCUGGUCCCGAUCACCCAGUGAGGGCCGCGAGUGCAUCACACACAGACAGGGCAGUAGUUCGGUCAGCGGAAGUCCUGUCCCAUCAACCUCUGGGACCAGUACGCCACGUAGAGGCCGCCGACAGCUGCCUCAGACACCUGCCACCCCCCGGCCCCAUGUCACAUACUCCCCUGUAGUCCGUAAACCCGUACCUAUUCCUCCUGGGGGACCUCAAAGCAGACCCCCAGCCCCAGUCCCUCGGCACUUUUCCCCAGAGCCUUUCCAAGGACAGGGACCUCCCCCUGCUGGAAUCCCAAUGGCCCACCACGCCACCCCCCGCCAGGGUCAUCACCCGCCGCCUCGCUGGGGAGACACGGGCAGUGGYGGUGGGUCUAUAGAAGGGGACGGCUGCUUCUACAACCAGGAAUACCARGAUUACGAUCCGCACCACGAACCGCCUGCCUAUGAGCCGAGCCCCAUGCAGGGUGGAAACCCCCACCCCCACGCCCUGGCCAACCACCCACUGCCAUCGCCCGCACAACCCCAGCCUCAUAACCCCUACCCGGUACCUCCCCCACAGCCUCACCCCRCCAACAACCCCCACCUGCAGCCCACUCGCACCUCACCGAGGACUGUCCACCACGCACCGCCUCCCACCACUGCCCUGACCGGGCCCGUGCAGAGCCAGGUCCAGCCCGCCGCCCAGCGCCGUCUGCCGAAYGGCUACCGAGCCCCGUCGCCGUCCACGCACCUCCACGGACCCCCGCACACCGGGCCCCACAAGGUUCCCCCUCCGGCUGGGCAUCCGAGGGGUUCCCGUAAGGGCCUGCACGAACCCUACGGUGACACAGAGGACGACGAUUGGUGCUAGC